UACCACUGGCACUUAGAGUUCUCAUCAGUCCUUCUUGGGUAACGUGAUUCGUUACAUGUACUGUUAACUCAUCACUAGAUUCGAAUGUUGUUGGUUCCGCGUUCUGAUUAUUGAAAUGUCGGCAGCACUGGAAACUAUUAGCAACUGGAUAACACAAUAGAUUUCUUUGUAAAUAGGCUUUAGAAGCAGUUACCGCCCUGCACGAUCGAUAGGCCCCACCAUAUUCAUAUGCGRAUUGUGUGGAUAGAUUGAUUUGUAUGUACCCAAAGAUCUGCAUACAGCCGUUGAUGACAAGGUCUUGUAAAAUAUAAAAGAAGAAGGAAAAGAUGGCGGCCUUUAAAACGAAAAAGACGUCAAUUGGCAGUAAAGUUUUACCGUCAAACGCUAAUGAAAAAGAUCCUKACUUUGUUUCGUACAAGGCACCGCGUUCUCUUAUCAUCAGCCCUGCGUUUGAUCGCUUGAACGAGCCUUUAGGUACAGUAAAUAGUCAAGACAUUUCUACUGAUACAAGAGAAGGGACACAGAAAGCUGGUCUAACAAACAGCACUAAUGAUCCUGCAGAUUCUACUCUUCAAUCACGUAACAAAACAUCUCGAAGUGUUCGACAAGGCGGAUGGACUUCCAGGAGGAGUUUAAUAAAGGAUUCUAACAAUAACGUCCAGCGCAUGAGAUGCCAAUUCAUGGCCAUGUUCAGUUUCGUAUGCCUUUUAUCGAUAGGUUCGAUAUUGCUGACAAUGCUUUUAAUAUUUGGAAAAGUUAAAGGAAACUGCUGUGCCGAGAGGAUUAAAGGUGCUGCACCAGAGACCAAUAAACAGACAGCUGAUGAGAGUAUGGACAGCAAGUUGAAUGGCAUGAAGAAGACAAUCACAGUACUGGAACAGAAUCUAACGACCUUGAAUGUACUGGAACAGAAACUAACGACUUUGAACGUAAGCCGGUCCUGUCCACACGUAUCCGAAAACGCGAUUUUGUAUUCCGUUUUCGAAGAAAUUCUCAUGUACACAUAGUGCCUUUCGAAUCUUCUUCGCCCGUCCACACGUAUCCGUUUUCGAAAAGUUGCGUAAGUGGCCGGU